UGCGGCAUAUCCGGCGCUGCCUUCGUUUUUGCCCGACAGAUGAAAACAUCAGUGUUGGGUGCUAAUGCCGGGCUGAUUCCUGCCACAAUCAGCAAGAUGUUUGUCAUCCUACUGCCUAUUUCCAAUCAAUACGGAUCAAACUGUUAGCGUUUACUGUAUCUGUAGGCAGCCAAAGCCCAUUUUGUAUUGCAAUACCUUUUUGGUCUCUAAUUUUGAGUAGAAGAAAAUGAACGGCUUAUCCAUCAGCGAGUUGUGCGGCCUCUUCUGUUGUCCGCCCUGUCCCAGCCGGAUUGCAGCGAAGCUGGCCUUCCUGCCCCCGGAGCCCACCUACACUCUUCUGCCAGACCUGGAGUCCACCUCACCUGUGACCUCUAACCUUGGAGCCUCAGGUUUGCGCUCACGCUUGGGCGGUGGUGCCGGAGGAGGAGGUGCUGGAGGUGGAGGAGGGGGUGCUGGGAGUGGAGGAGGUGGAGGAGGUUUUGGUGACAGGAGUGGUGAAGGCCGGUGGAAGCUGCACCUCUCUGAACGAGCAGAGUUCCAGUACUCCCAGAGGGAGCUGGACGGAACCGAGGUCUUCCUUACUCACUCCAGCCGUGGCAACAGAGUGGGAUGUAUGUAUAUCCGCUGUGCCCCAUCCGCAAGGUACACUGUGCUCUUUUCUCACGGCAACGCUGUGGAUCUCGGUCAGAUGAGCAGCUUCUACAUCGGUUUGGGCACUCGUAUCAACUGCAACAUCUUCUCUUAUGACUACUCUGGUUAUGGGGUCAGCACAGGGAAACCCUCUGAGAAGAAUCUGUAUGCAGACAUAGACGCUGCUUGGCAUGCUUUGCGCUCAAGGUAUGGCAUCAGCCCUGAGAAUAUAAUCCUUUACGGGCAGAGCAUUGGCACCGUGCCCACCGUGGACCUGGCGUCCCGUUAUGAGUGUGCUGCCGUGGUACUUCACUCACCUCUCACCUCAGGGAUGAGGGUGGCCUUCCCUGACACCAAGAAGACAUACUGCUUUGACGCCUUCCCUAACAUUGAGAAGGUGUCUAAAAUCACAUCUCCAGUGCUGAUCAUCCAUGGGACCGAGGAUGAAGUGAUUGAUUUCUCUCAUGGUCUGGCCCUGUUUGAGCGCUGCCCGAAGGCCGUGGAGCCACUGUGGGUCGAAGGAGCUGGGCACAAUGACAUCGAGCUGUACAGCCAGUACCUGGAACGCCUGCGCCGGUUCAUCAGCCAGGAAGUGGCUGCGCAGUAAACGCACCCUGCAAAACAUCAAGAAAGGCAGAUCUUUCAGCCCUGGACACUUAAUUGUGCUCACGUCCAUAAAUGUUCGACAUAUAUGGAAAGCAAACAAACGGAAUUCAGUACUGGACGGUUUGUUUUUCUACAGACUGCCGUCUCUUUCUUUCUAUCAGCCUGGAGCUGAGUUUUCUACUGAGAAGACAUCUCGACUUCACACUGAAAAGAUCGGAAUGUGUGAGCGUCGGUCUCAGGAAGGACCUCAGUACAUCUGAGGCACUCUCUCACAGUUGAUUUGGCUUGUGGUUUUUGUGACCAGGACAAGUGAAAUGUCAUUUGAACAGGACUAAAAUCUAAUAUCUCUUUAUGAAGCUCUUAUCUUGUGGGUGUUUAUGUACUUUCCCUUUUUUUAGGUCUUGUGGGUAAGCAGAUGACCAGUCUGUUUUAAAAUACAGCAUCACCACCUUUUCAGACAAGAACUCUCUGCUGGACAGAUUCUGUUUGUGUGUGUGUGUGUACUUGUACAACUAUCUUUGUGAGGACCAGUUUGAGUUUUUAGACCAUCAGAGUGAGGACAAAGGCCCUGUUUACACCUGGUAUUAACAUGCAUUUUGGUCGAUCGGAUCACAAGUAGAUGAGGCUGACACACCUGUUUACACCUAGUGUUUUAAUCCAUUUCUUUUGUCCACU